AUGACUGUGUUGUCCCUGAAUUCCGGAAAUACUUAUGGCACUGCUGAGCAUACAAAUGGCAAGAACUAUAACGUGAGUCCACGACGCCGCCUAUCGCAAUGGUAUACGAACAUGUUCAUGAUCAAUUUCGUCGAGUUUGCCGCCGAAUCUUCGCGUGGUGUCGUACUCGCCACGCUCUUUCUCUACACCAAAUCUCUCGGCGGUGAUCUGGCCUUUAUGGGCAUGCUGACGUCGCUAUUCUCGGUAGGCCGUCUCAUCUCUUCCACAGUCUUCGGUUGGAUGUGUGACCACUACUCGUUUCGUUCGGUGUACAUUGUGUCCUCCGCAAUUUGUCUAGUGGGAAAUGUUAUUUAUCUCAUCGCGGACCAGCAUGUGGCUGGUAGUCUGACGGCGCUUGCGGUCAGUCGGUUCAUUGUUGGAUUUGGAGCUGGAAAUCGCAGUGUGUGUCGUGCCGACGUGGCAUCAAUCACGACUAUAAAUCAACGACUUCCGUACUUGACAUUGCUAGCCACGGUCGUUUUUCUCGGCUAUGCUUUAACUCCUGGUCUAGGCAGUCUGGUAGCCACAACUGACUCAUUUAUAUUUGGUAUUCACUUUAACAAGUUUACUUCACCUGGCAUGAUCCUGAUCGUGUUUAAUGUUUUAACAAUCAUCGGUAUGCUAACGGUGUAUGAUGAGUCUGUGGGUAUUCAUGAUGGCCCACCCGAGUCUCCAAGAACGGCAGCUACAAGCAACACGCUGAGUGAUCCGACUACGAUGCCAGAACGAAUUGUAAAUAUUGGCGCGGCAGUUUUCAUUUUUUUAAAUUUCAAUGCACGAGGCAUUCUGUCCGUAUUCGAGACAGUAAAUAUUCCCCUUUUUAUCGAAGCGACUGGGCAAGAUCCUGAAAGUGUGAGUGCCGUGGUAGCUGCAUCCAAUUUCCAGUUUUACCUGGGACUACUGGGGCUGCUAACUUAUUUCUCGAUUGAAUACUUUCGCCAUAGUCUCAAGGACGUGAGCUGGGUGCAGCUUGGAUUUAUGACUCUGCUAGCAGGUAACAUGCUGUUGGUUGUGGCUCCGGCACAGCUCUCGUUCUCGCAGCUUGCAAUCGCGGAAUUUUUGGUGUGGAGCGUGGGCUGCCCAAUCACAACCGCUGUGGUGCUGGCUGCUUUCUCGAAGCUGCUCGGCGGACGCCCUCAAGGCACGCUGAUGGGACUUCUUGGUUCCGCCGCUUCAAUUUCUCGUAUUGUGCUUCCACUGCUUCCAGCAGCAAUCCCUACGUUAACACCAGUAUUCUGGAUUAACAUCGUGUUGUGCGCAAGCAGUAUGGUGCUCUUAUGGUGGUACAGCAGACUGGUACACAAAACAAAGAUGGCGAUGCUUGCCGAUGUUGAGAGCGCGUUUCGGAUCGUGUCGCCUGCGAAUGACCCUCGAUCUCCGCUGGGCUCGGACAAAGCUGAUUUUCCAGAUAAAUAA